GUGUGUGUGUGUGCCACCCAACAUGGUCGGCGUGCCGCCCCUAGAGCUGCUGGGAAGAUGAGAGUGUCCAAUAGUGUGUGGCCGAGGGGCGGGCAGGGGAGCCACCCAGCCGCCCCUACGGUGGACUCCGUAGCGUACCGUCGCUACCUCCGCUACCUGCCGGAGUCCAGAGGUGGGGGGAAGGAUGGGGGGGAGGGGGAGCGUGGGGCUGGCCGAGAGGGGGGGCAGAUAGGUGAGGGAGGGGGCGGGAAAUAUGAUAACCUACCGGAUGUGAGCGUGAGGACUCUAGUGCAGCAGUACACAGAUAUGCUCCGUGCUCGUAACACCUCUCAGGCCACGCUCCUCACCGCACGCUCCUGCUCCAGCCUCCUGCUCCAGCCCCCCCGCCGCCGCCCCACGCGCCCCCCCACACCCCAGGACUCCCCGCAGGACUCCCGCCAGGGGUCGCUGGAGUCCAGUGAUGGGGAGGGCGUCCUACGGCUCCGGUCCUUCUCCCUGCCGUGGAGUGCUCCGUCCUGGCGAUGGGCGAGUGACCCCAACCUGACGGCGCCUGCUCAGGGCACGCGGGCACACCCACAACACUCCUCCUCCAAGCUCAGCUCCUCCUUGGCGCGUCUGGACUCGGCCGCCAGUGACGAAGGUUGUCCUCAAGAGGAGGGGUCAGAGGGCCCCACCCCCCCUCCCUCCCCUGUGUUCCGCAGUUCCACCGCUAAUCGCCUGUCGGGGCUAAUCACCCCCUUCAGGUCACUCUCCCCCGCCUCCUCCAUGGGGUCACACUUGGGCUCCGUCGAGGACCUGCCACUCGUGCGAUCCAUGUCCGCUGGCCACGUCCUCGACCACUGGGCACGGUCACACUCGGCCGACAGCGCGGUCGAGGUCGACCUGUCGCCCGCUGUUUCCCCGAUAGUGGGCGUUCGGCAGGUCAACGACGACCCGGGCGUUAACGAGCGCUCCUGUAGUGCUUGUCAAGGACGAGCCAAUGGCGCUUCGAGGGUGACCGCUGAUGGCGCCUCGAGGGGGACCGGUGAGGACUCGAGGGUGACUGGUGAGGACUCGAGGGUGACCGGUGAGGACUCGAGGGUGACCGGUGAGGACUCGAGUAGUAACAGCAGCCCCGGGGAGGUGGUGCUGCGGCAGAAGACCUGCGGCAGGAGCCUCACCGCACACGACACUUACCUGCGGCGCUGCGGCGGCCUAAACGGCGAUGUCCUCCUGCGGCAGGUGGUGGGCCUCGGCGACGCGUGCCUGCUGGAGGGUGAGAGCAGCGCCGAGGGCGACAGUAGGAGAGCCCUGCGCACGCCCUCGGUGGUGAUCAGCGACCACAGCGGCGACACCGUGAGUCUCACGGUGGCUCUAGCCUCCAGCGACUUCACCCUCGACAAGCUGGGCAGCCUCCAGCACUCUGCGUCGUCCCCGACGCUCUCCGACGCACUCCGACGCUCCCCGACGCUAACCCCCAGCGAGGACUCGACCCGCAAGGUGUCGAGCUGCUCCUCGUGCUCGAGUGUGAGCACCGUAGACAUGACCACGCCCCUCACUCUCACGCCAGUCAGCCUCGCCUCACUCAUGGAGGUGCCGCAGCGGCGGUGCUCAGACUGCUCCUCCUGCACCAACGUCAGCGGCUCCGAGGACGAGGUCGAGCAUGUUCUCCCACGUCCUCCUCAGCCCAGGAAGGUUAGUACUCGACCUCUUCACAUGUACUCCACCCAUCAUACAAGUACUCUAUCAUUAUUUCCUAAGUAUUCUAUCAUUAUUUCCUGACUAUUCUAUCAUUAUUUCCUGACUAUUCUAUCAUUAUUUCCUGAGUAUUCUAUCAUUAUUUCGUCAUUAUGCAACUCGUAAGUAUUCGAAAUUUUGAAAUCACAGAACGUCGUUGUUGACAUCAGGCGCGCGAUAGUUUCCGUUGAUAGUAUCCAGUAGUACGCACGUUCCCGUUGAUGUGUGACGUCACACACAUUGAUAGAUGACGUCACAUGCCAGCUGAUCUUGUUUGUAGGCUCGCUGGCUGGCGUUAGCCCGAGCAUAACCAACGAGUCUCUACGGAAAGUGCGCCGUACGGCGCCAAAUAUAGGCUUGGCUGACGUCAUUUGGACGCCAUUUUAGUAUUCCAAGAAGUGUGUAAAAUAAUAUUUGUAUUGAUAUAAACCUCUUCAAGGAGCCUUAGGAGCAUAACUAUACCAAUAUAAGAAAUAUUUUAACAAUAAUUAUUG